UACAUGCAGCCUGGAGUUCAGUAGGAGUAGGGAGCAAGGAUUCGUCAUGGCUCAAGUAACUUUAAAUUAUGCAAGGAUUCUAAUGAAAAUUGUGGAUCAGCUCGGUCUUGAGAAACCAACAAUGGCACACGAGAAAAGUGCGGAUGGGAUAUUCCAUUCCUUUAUUGAAGUGGAUCUUGUAAACUGGGUGUCUAAAGGAUUCCGAGGUCCAAGACAAUUUAUAGGAACAUCACCUAUCUCUUCAAGAAGAGCUACGAGAAAAGCAACUCGUAACGCUGUCCAAAGGCUAGAAAAAUGUGGCCUUGUUAAGAUUAGUGAUUACAGCCGGCGUGAUUUGAAAUUAUGGAAGAAGAGAGUCAUAAGGGUUACUACAGUAUGCAAGGAAGUUGUGGAAGGUAGAGAUGAGCUUGAGAGAGAUUUCUUCUUUUUGCAACAAAACCGUGCUAAGUUACUUGUAGAGAACUGUGAGCUGCAGAGGAAAAUUGUUGAGUUGCAAGAGAACGUAGAUUGCUGGAAGGCAGAUAAGGAAGAGAAAGAUAAUCUCAUCAUCGAGAACUAUGAGUUAAAGGCAGAACUGCGUGCUCUAAAAAGACAACUUUCAGAAGCCAAGAAUAAGAACGAAUAAAAUAUAUGUUGUUUUCUUGACAAAUCAAGCAUAAGUGCUCAUUUGUUUUGCUUUGUUGAGGACGAACGUGCUCCAUAUGUAACAUUAGUAUUAGAUGUAUGUGUUUUCC